CUUGAACAAGAAGCCAAAGACUGAGAGCGAAAAGAAAAGAGAAAACGCGCGCAGUUCCUUCCUUCCACUCUCGUAUUUUGCGCUCCAAAAUGAAACCCCCCAUUACCAUAUUGGCGUUUUCGAUUCCGAUUCACGGCCACUUGUGGUUUCCGUAGGUUUCAUUUCACGAAUCUCACUAGGAACUUGUUGCAACAAAUCCGUAAAAUAAAGAAGGGGAAAUAGGGUUUUCUGAUGUCAAAGAGAAACUGCGUCGUUAUUCUGUCAUCGGAAGAUGAAGACGCUACUUCUAAUCUUCGCUCGUUGAGUUCCAGUCGCAGCUAUACGAAAUCGAAGUCGAGGUCCACCUCAGCAUCCUCUCGGGGAAGGAAGAAGGCACGUGCUUCGCAUUCUCGCUCUCACCUCUCCAAAUUGCACGAGAUAGAUUUAUUUGGAGAUGACUUCAAUGAAGUGUUUACUGGGUCAAAGGUAUCCGCUGGUACUAAAAGGAGCUUUGCAGAGGAGUUAUGGGUUGAUAAAUACAAGCCCAAUUCACUGGAAGAGCUUGCUGUUCACAAGAAAAAGGUUGAAGAUGUUAAGACGUGGUUUGAAGAGAGGUUGAAACCUUCAAAGGGUGUCUACAAUAAUAAUGUUCUCCUCAUCAGUGGUCAGGCUGGAGUUGGAAAAUCUGCUGCUAUUCAUGUGAUUGCAUCUCAUCUGGGAGCAAUAGUUGAUGGGUGGAACACACCUACACCUGUAAUAUGGCGGGAGCAUCUUUAUAAUUCUGGCACAGGGACUCAAUACACAUCCAAGUUAGAUGAAUUUGAAAGUUUCGUUGAGAGAGUGCGAAAGUAUGGAUCAUUGCUAACUUCCUAUACUGGGGAUUCAAAGCCUUCCAUCAUACUUUUAAUAGACGAUCUUCCCAUGACUAAUGGGAAAUCUGCUUUUGGAAGACUUAAAAAUUGCUUGCAACUUUUGGUAAAAUCAACUCAGAUACCCACAGCGAUAUUGUUAACUGACUGUGGAAAUGCUGACUCAGUAGAUUAUAAUGCUCGUUGCCUGGAAGAACUGAAGCUAUCUCUGGAGAGUUCUGGGGCUUGUAAGGUUGCUUUCAAUCCAAUUACAGUGAAUUCUAUGAAGAAGGUUCUUUUCAGAAUAUGCCAAAUGGAGCGGCUAGAUGUGACUGCUGAUUAUGUUGAUCUAAUAGCAAAAACAAGUGGAGGUGACAUCAGACAUGCAAUCACUUCUUUACAGUUUUUCUGCCUGAAACCAAAUCUAGUGCAUUCUUUGGCCUCUUCCACUUGCUCUCAUGGUUCGUUGAAAGAGGAAAAUAAUAAACCUUAUAGAUCAGAUUAUGGAUAUUCAUUGCACUUUGGCAGAGACGAAGCAUUAUCUCUAUUUCAUGCUUUGGGGAAAUUUUUGCAUAAUAAAAGGGAGACUGGAGUUGGAAUAGAAUAUGAUCAAGAUGGAUUUCUUCUUCGAGAAAGACUUUCAAGAUUUCCAUUAAAAAUGGAUGUCCCUGAGAAGAUUCUUUGCCAAGCUCAUGUGCAACCUGGUUCAGUUGCUGAUUUUCUGCAUGAAAAUGUUCUGGAUUUUUUGGAUGACGAGGCAAUAGAUGACGCAUGGACUGUGUCUUCAUAUCUAGGUGAUGCUGACAUUCUUCUUGCUAAACUCCGGGGAAUGCUAUGUAGUUAUAACGAGGCAGAGGGUGUUUUACAGUCAGCUGCUGCAUCCAUAGCUGUUCGUGGGGUGCUAUUUGGAAAUUCUAAUCCGCUAUCCUCCAGGUGGCAUGCAGUUCGGCGACCAAGGCUCUGGCAAGUUGAGAAAGUAACAUUAUAUAAGAAUGAGGUGGAUAGGCUGAGAAUCCCUGCCUGUAAACGUUUUAGUUCUUAUCAUAUGUCAAUUAUGGCCACUGAGUACAUGCCCAUGCUUAAAUUGCUCGGAAAUAGAGCAUGUGGAUAUGAUGGACCGAGUCAGAAAUCAUCACGGAACUUGGAAAUGGAAGACUUUGAUUUCGACAAAAUGGAUUUAGAUGAACAAUCUAUGGGCCUUUCCGAUGAUGACAUAGAAGAUUGGUAGGGAUGCGACGUGUAAUAUAUGUGGUUGUUCAGCUUGAAAUCUUACUUUAAUGCAUAUAGUGUUAGCAGCUUCUCAAGCCUAUCAUCUCUACUAUUGAUUGAGGUUAAAGCUUUACACUGGAAACAGGUUUGAGUUCUUCUGAUGCAUGAUCAGAAGUCCGAAUUAGUACUCUCAAGCCUUGAUGGGGAUGAUGGGUUUUCUAAAAACAAAUUCUUAGUGAGAAAGAUCCUUUGUAAAUAACUACUUUUGUUACUUUGUAAUGUUGUGUUAAUGCUCGCAAUACCGAAUUAAUAGCUACUUAUGAAGCAGGAACAUGGAAUGGAAGUUAUUGGAAAACAGCUUAUAUA